CAAAUCUUUCUUUUGGAAAGACGCAUGCGCAAACUUUAACCAAUACAAAUCCAGCCUUGGUUGUUGGUAAUUGAUGUGGAAAGAUAGUCUUAGCGGUAUCGAUCUAGAGUUACUUUAUUGAAGAUUUCUGAAAACACUUUAAAUAAGUAGGGGAAUUUGUGCCAAGCAAAGACAAUCAAAUUUCUGCAGGUCAGUUGAAAGGUAUUUUUUAACAUGAACUUAUAAUUCUUCCAUAAGUAACAAUAUUAUUUUAGUAUAAGUAAUAUCGUAAACGAUUUCCCUACACACGCAUGCUUUAAUGAUACACCUCUGAAAUGCAUAUGCAUGUGUCUCCUGAUGCAGACUACGACCAUUCUACACUUCCUUGUUUCAAUGGGAUAUUUGUUUUACCGACAUAUAUUUCAUAAGUCAACAAAAGUCUUGCACUAUUAUAAAGGUUGCAACUUAUUCAAAGCAGACGCAGAUUUCAGACAUACAGGUGUUCUCGCAAUCUUAAACGAUGGAUGCUAAAAGAAAGUUAUGUUUGUUUAUUUUCAUCACAUCAUAUAUCGGAUAUGCCAAAUCUGCACUUUAUAUGGACUAUAGCGGGAACAGUGCUGAGGUUAGCCUUGGCACCCGUGCAGUGUUUGAAUGUUCCUCGUCGUCGCAACUCUCUGAAGACAAAUUGCGAACCGGUCGGAUUGAAUGGGGCAGAAACACGAGAUACUCGGUAUCUACUCAAGUCAUUGCACGGUGGACAAAUGAGAAUGGAAUUGAGAUCUUAGUCGAUAACUCCGAUGAACGAUACAAUAUUGAAGGUGGAAUCUUAUCAAAUGGACGUUUUAGACAAUAUCUGACUAUUCAAAAAGUUCAACGAAUUGACCAGACUGAUAGUACUGGGUAUUAUUGUGCUUUAUUCAAUUCUUCAGCGAGUAUGUUCGUUAAAUCUGGAUAUGCUCCAUUGACUGUCAAAUAUCCUCCUGCAGAACAUUAUCCUCUUUGCACAGCGACACCAAAUGACAUCACCAGAGAAGUAAUGCUUGUGUGUACAUCUGAGAAAACUACUCCAGAUGUAACUGUGCAAUGGUAUAAGGACGGACAGAAGGUCUCAGAUGCCAAUCCGACUGGUUACAAAAUGAAAUCGACCUAUGAGGCCCGUGGAGAUGAAUUACGAAGCGAAUUCGAAUGCCGACUGCAUUACGUGGACGGAAUUGAUGUUGAGGUUCGUCGAUCCUGUACAUUUAGUAAACCGCGAGUGGAUAUCUUAAUUGGAGGAGAAUCUCCAAAUGGAGAAAGUACAUAUCAUGCAUUUGCUGUAUCUAACCCCCCUCUCACAUCCGACAUCAAUUGCACACUGGAAGCAUCUUCAGACACUUCUCAACGUUUCGAUAAAGAGUUUCCUGGAUAUGGGGUAGCAACCGUUGGACCUGUAACUCCAACUGAUAAUGGUAGCACACUGGUGUGUCAGGCCAAAAAUGUCUUCGGAACUGAACAUGCCAGGGAGAGAGUAUACAGUCCAAGCGAUAACCAGGAUGGAGAAACUACUAUCCCGUCCGUUGUAACCAGUUAUAUGCCAGGCGGUCAAGUUCUCCAGGCCACAAUUUGGCCCAAAGUACUAGAAAUAAUUCCUGGAGAGAAUGCAACGUUUGUGUGUAGCUACAGCCUUACUAUCCACUCGCAUGUUACUGCAAAAGUAGAGAUCAAAUGGGAACAUGACGGCACCAUUACUACUGAGACAAAAGAUAAUAUCCUUUUCAUUACUAAUGCAGAUUACGAAGAUUUCACAGAGACAUCGGUAACCUGCAUAGCGUCUGUAAUUACUGAUGACCCAAUGAUCAAUACUUCUCCUGAACCCAGUUCUGCAAUAGUUCGAAUCGGCAAAGCGAGUCCUUGCGACCCGAAACUAUUAUCUUCAAGUUCGACGCAAGGGCAGUCCCAGACCAACAUGAAACCUUAUUAUAUCGCCGGCAUAAUCGUUUUGGUCGGAUUGGUUUUCAUAUUGAUUAUCGCUCUAAUGUUUGUAAUGGUGAGAAAACAGAAACAUCAGAAGAAAUCUCGCUCUGAAUGGGAACAAUCUUCCAGAUCUCAAGUUACCUACCGUGCUGAUUCUGUCUCAUCAGGAGAAAGGCCUGACAACAGACUCGUCCGUCAAACAUCCAUCCAGCGAGCAUUACCGGCUGAACCAAAAGAGCCCGCACCAACCACGACACUCCGAUCCGUUGUGACAUCACCUUCUCCAGCCACUUUGAUAAUCAAUGAUUCUGGCAGACACAGGCUGGAAUCCAUCUCCAGUUGCACCACGUGUAAUACAACCACUACGGAUCUUCCAUACCAGGAGAUGGUGGGCGAUACUGGCAUCAACAAGAGCCGCCACGGAAGUGUUUCGAGCAACGUCAAUUUUAAACGCCACGUCCCUCUCAUCCGAAGCCACUCUGUAUCGGCAACAAUGGUACCUGUUCCGAAUGGAGGCUUCUUGCCUGCAACUGCAGAUGACCAUCCUGGUUUCCAACGCACGGUGAGCGAAGGUGCUAGUGAUGACUGCUACGAAGAUCCUGAUGCUAUUCGAGAGCGUCGUCGGACGAACCGAGCUCCCAGCAACGAUUACCAGUCGACAGCCAGUGGCUCAUCUAUAAUGUCCAUGGCAAUGCAGAAUAAGCAACUAGCGUCCCAGUAUGCCAACUCAUCGCUUACGGAUGACUCUGUUUUCCUUGUCUGAAAUGGUGACGACUUCAGCAUUCAUCUUGUUGCAUCUUUUCAAAACACCAUAAUUGUACAUUUCUUACAUUCCAAUAGGUAUGUUGUCAAUAUCAACGAAGCACAUCCAUGUACAUUGUAAGAAGUUUGGUUGUCUGACAAGAUUGUUAUGCUGACGUCGUUGUUGAUAGAUCAUGGCAAUAUAUGUGUAAUAGCACCAAAUUAUCAUUAUGGAAGGUUGAUAGAGAUUAUGCCAAAGCAUUAAUGAAGAUGACGAAGAUGGUGGUGAAGACGAAGAUGAUUGUGGUUUCGGUAAGGAUGACGAUAGCCUAAGCGACGAAGAAGAAGCGGAUCAGGCUGGUGGUUUUUCAUUAUGAUGACAAUGACUACGGGAUAUGCAAUAGGAUUAGGAGAUUGUUGACUGCGAUGGUGAUAGCGACGACGAUGAUGCCUGUGAGGAUUGCCUGAUAACGAUAAAAAGGGAGGAUUAAACAAUCAAGUUGAACAAAAAAUUCAAAGAAAUUAUCGAGAAUAGGCUAGGCCUGGGGCCCGUAAGCCGCCCGUAAGUUAAGAGCAACUUUAAGAACGACUGGAGACCCUUUCUUGUUGUAAAUGAUAUUCACCAUUAAAUGUU